AGGGUCGGGAUUGUGGGAGGAGUCCGGCGGGUGUAGCAGGGAGGGGCGAGUUCUCCAGGUGAGAAGGGGCGCAGGUUGCUGGAUGUUCCAGGAUUGAAGAGGCUUAGCCUGAGUUGGACUAGGCGGAGGACCGUGGGGAAGGAAGGAGAGGGACCCGAGGAUGAGAGGGACCCCUGCUAGCUCCGGAGAGGCCAGGGUGCCCGGAGCACUGUCCUUUCCUUGUUACUGGAAAUAAAGAGGCCAUCUCUUGAGCGCCGUGCGUCACACACAUGAUCUCACUCAUCCCUCACACCCUGUGAAGGCGUCGCCUUACCGGUUUCCAGGACUGUUUCCCAGUAGCUCAGUCUCCUGCCAUGUCUGACCCCAUUACAUUGAAUGUUGGGGGGAAGCUCUACACAACCUCACUGGCAACCCUGACCAGCUUCCCUGACUCCAUGCUGGGGGCCAUGUUUAGUGGGAAGAUGCCUACCAAGAGGGACAGCCAGGGAAACUGUUUCAUUGACCGUGAUGGCAAAGUGUUCCGCUACAUCCUCAACUUCCUGCGGACCUCCCACCUGGACCUCCCUGAGGACUUCCAGGAGAUGGGCCUGCUCCGCAGGGAGGCUGACUUCUACCAGGUUCAGCCACUGAUUGAGGCCCUGCAGGAGAAGGAAGUGGAGCUCUCCAAAGCAGAGAAGAAUGCCAUGCUCAACAUCACACUGAAGCAGCGUGUGCAGACAGUCCACUUCACUGUGCGGGAGGCGCCCCAGAUCUACAGCCUGUCGUCCUCCAGCAUGGAAGUCUUCAAUGCCAACAUUUUCAGCACGUCUUGCCUCUUCCUCAAACUCCUUGGUUCUAAACUCUUCUACUGCUCCAAUGGCAAUCUCUCCUCCAUCACCAGCCACUUGCAGGACCCCAACCACCUGACUUUGGACUGGGUAGCCAAUGUGGAGGGCCUGCCAGAAGAGGAAUACACUAAGCAGAACCUCAAGAGGCUGUGGGUGGUGCCCGCCAACAAGCAGAUCAACAGCUUUCAGGUCUUUGUGGAGGAGGUUCUGAAAAUUGCUCUGAGCGAUGGCUUCUGCAUUGAUUCUUCUCACCCACAUGCUCUGGAUUUGAUGAAUAAUAAGAUUAUUCGGUUAAUACGGUACAGGUAAAAAGACCCCAGCAACUUUGGGGCAAUGGUUCCCAAGAAUGUCCAUGUCAGCCUGGAGAGUCUCGCCAGUAGGGUGAGGCAGGGUACCAUACUAACCGGUAUUAAUUGCAUAGCAGGACUUGAUUCCCCUUUGAUGAAGUCCAUCUUUUGGAAUCCACACAUCCUCUGGGCAGAACCACCUUUUUCUUGCCAUCUUUCUAGAGAUGGGCGAUUAAUUAUGACAAAUGAAGAGUUAGCUGAUGUGUACAAGAGGAGUCCACAGGAGGACUUCCUAGCCAGGAGAAGGAAGCAGCAGAUUCAUUUCUGCUUCUUCUCUGCACACUGGCCUGUGCCUCAUUUACCCAUCUAUAAAUAAGUGGACAAGAGCAAGGAACUCCUUUCCGUUUUCCAGGACAUAAAGUGCCCGCAGAUCCCUUCACACCUGUCCUUCCCUCUGUACGAUAAGACCAGGACCUUGGACCGGGGUGACCAUAUUCCCAGAGCUCUUCAGUGGCACCCUUUCAGGGGAAGAGUUGAGCCUAGAAGAGAACAUCCAGGCAGGGUCCAGAAGUUGGGGGUUUUUCUCUCAAUUGGGCCGAAUCCAGGGAUUUCUGGUUUCAGAAAUGGGGUGCUGUCCCUGCAAAGACAUGAAAGUAUCUGAAGCCAGUGUAAUAAAAGGUACUUCAUCAUCUAGCCUAAUACUUGACUUUUGCGGUCCUUUUCCAAAAAAUUUGAGGUAUUACUGAAGCAGCAAAUAUAGUAUGGAUUCUCAGGGUUGGAAGAUAAUCCAGUGAGUGGUUGCUUAGCCAUCCCCAGCCCCCAAGACACUCCAGCACAUUGGGAAUGAGCACCUCUGCUUGAGUACCUCCAAGGGGUCUCCUAUGCUUAUUUGCAUACCUCCGGUAACAAGCAGCUCACUGUCCCCACUGCCAUGGUUGGAUGGUACUGAUAUUAGAAGGUUCUUCCUGUAUGAAGCAAAAGUUUGCCCUGCCAUUUACUUAGCUAGGUCUUGAUUUCAUACCUUCCUUAUCACCCAAAUGUAUAUCUUUGCUUUCACAAUAGUCACCUUGAGAGAUCAGGCACUUACUCUGAAAAUGUUGUGACUCAGAAUUUGGAUUCCCCUUUGGGAUCUGUAUUUGGAGCCAAAGUUAGAUCAUUUCCAUCCCCUGUAUGUUGGUCCCCUUUGGUUAUGAUGUUGCCUUGUUUGUGACCCCAACUGUGUUCCACCAACCAGUGAGGCCUUUUGACCAUUUUUGGUUGGGAGAUGAAGAUUCAUUGCCUGAGGAGAUCCAGAGCAAAGAGAAGGUCUUGGAAGGCAUUUUGCAAGAGGAGCCUUGUGUAGUGUCUGAUCUGUCAUGCUGCCCUUGGAGUAAGUGCCCAGGCCUGAAGAUGCUUCUCAAGAGGGUGGCCUUCUCUUGUGGUGUUGUGUCUGUCCUAACUAGUCUGUGGGCCUUCCUGAGGUGUGAUGCAAGCAAGAAGCUCCAAGUCAUUAGUUUCCGGAAGGUAAUAAGCCUCACAGGCCUCCAGACUGCAUAUUACGAUUCAUCUCUGGAGUGAAUAUGACUUCCUUAACGGGGAAGAGGCCCUCAGACAGACCAAGGAAGCCUGAUGGCACAGACGUCCACAGAAGGUAGAUCAAGGGGCUUCCCACAGUGACACCCUGUGUAUGCUGGGCUUCGGGCAAUAAAGGCCUCUCCCUCUGUACAGUAGGACCCAGGAAUCUCUAUGACAGCUGCCCAGGCCACCGAGUCAGUGAUACUCUGGAAAUUCCCUCAAAGAGAAUCCAGUCCAGACUAGGCAACAUGUGGUCACAGCAAAGGAAUUAGAGGAAGAAAUCUCAACAAUUACUGCCCUUUUUUCUCCAUAAAACUUCUCCUUCUUUUUGGUGCUUCCUAAUUCAAGCAGCUUGACUUAGAGAAAGUGCAGAACAUGUGAAGCCACUAACAUGCGGUGUGACUUUAUGCAGGUCAUGCAUCUCACUGAGCCACUUCUGUUUCUUCAUCUGCGAAAUGGGCAUAACAGUAAUACAUAACUCUACUACCUCACAGGGCUGUUGUGAGGAUCAAAUGAAAUAAUCUAUGUGAAAUAAAUGAUAAACAGUUA